CUGAACAGACGUGUGCGCUACUACUUUAUAUUGAAACAUAAAUUAAUUGUUUUUAUUAUAAGUUUCGUUAUCAACGAGUGGAGUAAAAUCAUAAAAAUCAAACUAAUAAUAGCCACAAGGCAAUAUGUUUAUUAUUUAUGUGUUUGCUCAAUAGAACGGCAGACGUCGCGACGGUUGAUUCUUUUCGCUUAAAGCUCUAAUUUUGCCGAAUAAAAAGCACAAAAAGACACAAGUUUUAAUAAAAAACAGUCAGACAAAUUAUUAAAAGUGUAAAUUUUAACGAAAAAACUACGUAUUUUAGUGUUUAUUGUGUUUGAUAAGAAUUUCGUGAUUUCUUGUACAUAAUUGUAGUUGCAUAACCUGUGGCCAUAGUAAUUGUAACAAGCGCCAAAAAAACAAAAUUAACGCCAGACGGCGGCAAUUAACAACAACAAAAUUAAAUUUGGUUUAACGCUACAAAACAAAGCCAAAACAAGAGCUAAAGUAAAAAUUCCAUUACGGUUAGCGGCUCUUGCCGCCGGGUAACGAAGCCCCCUGCCGGUCCAAAGGCCAAGUGCGACGUUUUUUCGCCCCAACUCCAAAACACUUGCUGCUGCUGCUGCCGAAGAAGGAAAAAUAAAAAUAUAGAGACAGCAACUCGAUAAUGUCCCAAAAUCGUGAUACUUUAAUACACUUGCUAGCCGGCGGCUCCGCUGGCACUGUUGGCGCUGUGGUAACAUGUCCUCUUGAAGUGGUGAAGACGCGUCUACAAAGCUCGACGGCAUUUUUAACGCCGGCUGCGCGCAUUGUUGAACCCGCUGGCGGGCCAUCAAAUGGUGGCGCCUCCGAGUUAUUGCGGCCGGAACAACGACGUAAGCUAAGCACAACGAUAUUACGUAACAGAUCACAGCCACAGGUGAUUGGGGGUGUGCGUAGGAUCAUGGCAAUUUCGCAUUGUGGCAUCUCAUCAAGCAGCACAAAGUCCAUGAGCAUUGUCCAGUGCCUGCGGCAUAUUGUACAAAAUGAAGGUCCACGCGCAUUAUUCAAGGGUCUGGGUCCUAAUCUGGUGGGCGUGGCGCCCUCACGUGCCAUUUAUUUUUGCACCUACUCACAAACAAAGAAUACGCUCAACAAUUUGGGCUUGGUUGAGCGCGACUCUCCUCUAGUGCAUAUUAUGAGCGCUGCUAGCGCUGGCUUUGUUGCAUCCACUGCAACGAAUCCCAUUUGGUUUGUCAAGACGCGCAUGCAGCUGGACUACAAUUCCAAGGUGCAGAUGACAGUGCGGCAGUGCAUCGAGCGUGUUUAUGCGCAAGGCGGCAUUGCUGCCUUUUAUAAAGGCAUCACAGCUAGUUAUUUUGGCAUCUGCGAGACUAUGGUGCACUUUGUUAUAUAUGAGUUUAUUAAAUCCAAACUGUUGGAGCAGCGCAAUCAGCGGCAUACGGACGAAAAGAGUUCACGUGAUUUUGUCGAGUUCAUGAUGGCUGGCGCUGUAUCGAAGACUAUAGCUUCCUGCAUUGCGUAUCCACAUGAAGUGGCACGCACUCGGCUGCGCGAGGAGGGCAACAAAUAUAAUACGUUCUGGCAGACGCUGCAUACUGUGUGGAAGGAAGAGGGACGCGCUGGACUGUAUAGAGGCUUGGCCACGCAGCUGGUGCGACAGAUUCCCAACACAGCCAUCAUGAUGGCCACCUAUGAGGCAGUGGUGUAUGUGCUAACGCGACGCUUUAACAACAAAUCGAAUGAGUUUUACGAUUUCUAAGCCAUAGCGGCGCUAUAUACAUCUUUAUCCUGCCCCCCGCCAUCCCUGCAACUGCGGACUAGUUAACAAGCAAGGAAAUUUAAUCUGUGCAUAUGUAGCGAGUAGCAAACUGCUGCAAUUUAUUGUGUAAAUUGUUUUUUUUUCUCUAGACGAUUUAACCAACGAGCGCAAAUUUUGAAUUGUUUAUCAUUUGGUUAAUUAGCUACUAAGGCAACGAACUCGAGAGA